GUAAUCAAGAUAGAGCUCAUCAGGAUGUAAUUAUUAAUGGCUAUUAGAUAAUUGGAUAACCAAAAACGGUACUCUGAGACCAAAAAGUUUUCAGAUGAUAUUAGUAUUGAUGAUGGUAGUGAUGAUGAUGGAAGUAUUAUCGAGAAGUAAGUAAUCGAGAUCUAGGUAAUGAAGAUAUAGGUGAUCUAGAUAUGAGUAACCAAGAUGUAGCUAAUCGGGAUGUACGUGAAGCUGAAAACGGCACCCUGAGACUAAACGAUUUUCAGAUGAUUGAUGAUGAUGAUGAUGAUGGUGAUGGUGAUGAUACCGAUUUCGAAGAUGAUGAUGAUGAUGAUGAUGAUGAUGAUGAUGAUGAUGAUGAUGAUGAUGAUUAUGGUGGUGAUGAUGAUGAUGAUGAUGAUGAUGAUGAUGAUGAUGAUGAUGAUGAUGAUGGUGAUGACGACGACGACGCCCAGCGCCCUGCGAUCACGAAAGGAUGAUGGUGAUGAUAACUYACCUCCUGUUGAUGACGUUGGUGCUGCUGYUGGUGAUGAUGAUGACGAGCAGCACCCUACU